GAGAGUCCCACUAGUUGUUGCACCAACAACUUUUGCCCCACUUUCACACAAAACCCCCAUUAAUUUACUAUUAUAUUUCAUACAUAUACAGAACUGAAGCAUCUACUUUUUUCCGGUCAUCAAUCCGACCCGAUCUGCGAUCGAUCGGGUGAUUUGUGGAGUAAAAUGUCGAAUUUUCACGGCGAUUUCAAUCAGAAGAUCGAUUACGUCUUCAAAGUGGUGCUAAUCGGAGACUCUGCCGUGGGUAAAUCGCAAUUGCUGGCUCGUUUCGCGAAGAAUCAGUUUAGUUUGGACUCGAAAGCUACAAUCGGCGUUGAGUUUCAGACGAGGACGCUUGUGAUUGAUCAGAAAACUAUCAAGGCUCAAAUUUGGGACACUGCUGGUCAGGAAAGAUAUCGGGCUGUCACCAGUGCAUAUUACAGAGGUGCAGUGGGGGCAAUGCUAGUGUACGACAUAACCAAGCGCCCAACGUUUGAUCAUGUGGCUAGGUGGUUAGAAGAAUUACGAGGCCAUGCUGACAAGAAUAUUGUAAUUAUGCUGGUAGGGAACAAAAGCGACCUAGGACACCUUCGAAAUGUUACUAGUGAAGAUGCAAAGGAAUUUUCUGAAAGGGAAAAUUUGUACUUUAUGGAAACAUCAGCCCUCGAAUCAACCAAUGUCGAAACAGCUUUUAACACAGUUCUCAAGGAGAUAUAUGACACUGUCAGUAAGAAGGCCCUUGUUGCCAAUGAAGCAGACUCUAGUGGGAAUUCAUCACUUCUCAAGGGAAACAAUAUAGUUGUACCUAAUGCUGAACCAUCAUCGGGAGGUUACAAAUAUACUUGUUGUUCAUCAUCAUAGAACACAAUGACAUUUGACUGAAGUUUUGGAAAUUGCUUUAGGAUAUGGUGGCUUCAACCUUGUCUAACUAGGAAUUUGUCUCCUGCUUUAUAGACUUUUUGUAGCCAACAUAACUGUAUCAGAUGGCACAUUCCAUGUAAUACAUGGGGAUUUGACAUGUGGCACUUUUUGAUAAAACUGUGUCACUUCUUGGCUAAUGUGGUCUAUAGACCAAAGCCUAUCUUCACCUAUUCCAUUGCUAUCUGAGUGUGUUGCAAGACUAUGCAACUCUUAAAUGUUAGAACUCAUUACUGAUUGAAAGCUUCCUGAUGUACAAAUUCGGUUGUUAAUAGUCAGGCCUUUUGACACAUGAUACCUUGAAGUAUAACCAAUGAAACACAUUGUUUAUGUUC